UUUCAUGUUUCUCUUCCAGUUUUAUUAGAAGAUCACCGUAUAAUAGACGGAAGGAUAUUUCAUAAUAAAGAUAAUGCUCCUUAUUUCUUCCCAACCGAUAAUAUUGAAAACUCAAGGUCAAAUUUAUUACAUGAAGUCGUCAUACAAAAGUGGGGAAAUUAUCACUCGGCCCCCGUAGAAGGAAAAUUAAAAUAUGGCGCUGCUAGAGUUCUAGAUGCCGGUUGUGGUACAGGAAUUUGGAUAUUUGAAUUGGCAAAAAUGUAUCCAAAUUCAACAUUUAUUGGUGUUGAUAUAACAAUUUCUUUCACACCAAACAAUUAUCAAAAACCUAGUAAUGCUGCAUUUCUUGAAUCCAAUUUACUCGAGGGCUUACCAUUUCCCGACAAUACUUUUGAUUAUAUACAUCAACGUCAUAUGAUAACUGCAUUCACUGAAUUACAAUGGCCGGGUAUAUUAAAAGAGUUGGCCAGAGUUUUAAAACCCGGAGGCUAUUUGGAAUUAUGUGAAUACGAAAUUCACGUAAAUUCUUUUAUUGAUAUUGGUAAAAGGUUUCAUAAUGCUAUUAGAGGUUUUUUUUUCACAAACGGCCAUACAAUAGAUUUAGCAUUGAAAUUACCAAAACUUUUAGAAAAUACCAAAGAAUUUGAAUCAAUCAAUGGAUUUGAAAUAUUGGUUGAAACACUAGAAACAGUGAUCGCUACAUGGGAAACAUUUCAAAGAAUCAUUCAAGCUAAACUGAAAAUUAGCGAUCAAAAUUUUAAAAAAUCAAUCGACAAUUUUCGUCUUCAAUCUGAAGAUCCAAAUGUUAAAAUGUUUGCCAAAAGUCAUCGUGUUUAUGCUAAGAAAAAGUAG